AGAGCCCAAAGACACUAGACAGACGACCUGCUGCGGAGCGAGGCGUCUUCCUGGCUCUUGCUGCCGGAGCAAGACCAGAGAUGGAGAGCGAUAUCGAGCUCGAAGCGCCUCGAUCAGCCGCUCGCGCCGCCGAUGACGACCAUCAUCUUCUUCCCUUCCGCUCGCACAGGUUACAGCAAGGCAGGCGGCGGCCGGUCAGACGACGUACAUGCAUGCAUGUCCUGAUGUCCUGGUCCGAUCGAAGCUCGAUGCAGAAAGAGAGAGCGUCCGGUCGGCGCCGGCCGUACGUUGGUCGGAAAGCAACAAGCACGGCCAACACUGCAGCCGGGAUCUUUGCAUGCAUUCCUCGGAAUCCACCGGACUUGCGCGCGAGUAACAAGUAAGUUCAUCGUCCUGUGCUGUGUCGAUCGUAUGCCCAUUUACAUUUUAAUUACUUUGAGGUAUAUAUCGCGUCGACCGCCGGAGUAGCCAUGGAGGCACAUUUUUUCUUCGUGCUCACCGCCGGAAAAGAAGGGUGUUUCAGAUCGAGCUGAUCGUGCUUUUCAUACUUGGCAUAAUAGUCUCGUCUUACUCUCUCUGUGUUUUUUUUUACUUGGGCCAUAGAUGUACCGUGCUUUGCGCCUUUUCUGGUUUAUAGGCCUGUGACCAGCGACUGGCUAAAUGGACACGACGAGGAGCGCGCACUGGCGACAGAAGGAAUGGGGCAGGAGGAUGGUGGGCUUCUUGGUUCGUUCAAGCUGGAUCGAUCGGCCCAAAGGUCAUGAGGAAAAAAAAAGAAGGGUGUUUCAGAUCGAGCUGAUCGUGCUUUUUCCUCUCUCUGUGUGUUUCAGUUCGGAAGCUGAAGUAGACUCGGCACAGGCGUCGGAUUGCCGCACCGUCGUCCGAAAGGCAGCUUAAUCGGCCGCGACAACGGAAACGGAGUUCAUCCGACCCCGAAACCGGAGGGCAUAAAUACCAUUGUACUUCACCAGUUGCCUUCAUCACACAGUUACCCAGCUAAUCAGCUCCGCCCCGCCAUCCCCUCGCCUCCCUCCUACUCCAGGCGCUUCAUAGGAUGGCGAUCUCUGCUGCUGCGGCUGCUAACUUCCUCGACGCCGAGACUACCGGCAACUGCGAGCCGCAUGUAGCGGCGCCGGCUUCUGGAGAGGAUGGUAACAACAAGGAACCAGUACUGAGUGAGCUCGCACUGGUUGACAUCCUUCGUCGCUGGAAGAACAACAACGGCGACCUACCUGCGUUCGUCCACAAGCUUGACCCCUACGCAUAUCCUCCCUGGGAAGCUGUGCAAGGCCUCAAGCACGACCGUAGGGCAACCAAGCAUGUGGGAGGAGAGAAAACUUGGUUCAUCGUCAGCGUGGACGGAAACCGGCGGGGGCGCAAGGUAGGAGAAGCGGGCACGUGGCAUGUGGAGGAUGGCGGCAAGGCUAUCCUAGGCGCCGAUGGCAGUUCUGUUGUGGCGAACAAGAAGAGGUUCUCAUAUAAAAAGAGCAGACCUGAAAAAGGUGGUAAACAAGAAAGCACCGGCUGGAUCAUGAUGCAGUACUCGCUCGAGAAGGACAAAGAGCGAGACCUUAUCAGCAUGGUAUACAAGUCCAGUCACAAGUAUGCUGCAAGAACAUCGACGCCGGCAAGCAGCCAUGCCGGAGCAGAGGAAGACAUAGCGAGUGUGGAUGCACCGACGCCGGCUGUCUCCAUCCGCCAAACCUCCAAGCGCCCCAUCCCAGUAAGAAGUUUGACUAUAGAGGAAGCCGAGGGCCAUUUAAUGUCCGAAGAUUAUCCCGUCCCAGGCGACAAGGCCGCCGAGGAUUACACCGAAAUGUACGCCAGUAUGCUGCGCCAAGAAAUUACGCCCAUCGGAGGCGGCCGCGGCGCACAUGAUGGCCGGUUCCUCGUCGACGUACCUGAAGGCGAAGGUGGUGACUCGGCCGGGUUUGCCGAUCAUAUGCUAGGUGUUGCAUUUGGCUACCCCAACUUCAGUGCCGUCAACAACGGCGCCGGGGGUUCGACUGGCUUGCUUCACGACCGCUCCAUGGACAUUGAUCAAUCCGACGGCUACGACUGGGAAUGGGAUGAUCUCCUCAACCUGCUUCCAGCUGAGAACUUAGACUUCAAGGCCCUUGAAGACAAGGGCCUCGACUUCUACGACAUGAUCAACAACUAGCAAUGAGUAUCUAGAUGAUAGCUAGUGCCUGAGUUUUGAUGUUUGUUUUCGUUUUUCGACUUGUCCUCCUAUGCAUCGAUUCGUUGCAUGGUUAUUUAUUUUUAGGCAAUCAUUUAUUGCUCAAUUUCUUCAUUAA